UUUACUAUGACGUAUAAAACGUCAAACGUCGUUAGCGACCAUCUGAGGAUAUUGAUCCGUUGAAGAUUGUACUAACGGAGUAUAUUUAAAAUCAUCAGAGAAUGAGAUAAAUUGAGAUAAAAUGACAGUCUCGACUAGCGGCAAGCUUCCAAAGCUGAUUGCUGGUCCCCUGGUCAACAGUCCGAUAGAUGGCGGAACUGAAUCAGACGUUGUAGAGAAAAAGAUCAAUAAGAACACCAAGGGAAACAAAAAGAAGGACAAGUCUGUAAAACGACUGAAAUGCGAUGAGGAUAUUAUGAAAGAUGGUGGAAUUGAAUCAGACGCGGUAGAAAAAAGGACCACGAAAAACACCAAGGGCAUCAAAAAAACGGCGAAGUCUUCAAAACGACUGAAAUUCGAUGAGGAUAUUAUAAAAGAUUCAGUUACUCUCAAGUCGGAUAUGGAGAGAUUAGAAGAGGCUAAAAUGAUCAAAAUGGAGGCGCAUUUUCGGGGCAAGCAGAACGAAAGUUGUGCUGCAAGCACGCGUAAGAGUUACGCGCCGUGGAGUCGAGAUUCGAGUGCCGAGUGCCUGCAGAGACGACGCCUGGUUGCCGCCCGCUCCCGAGAGAGGCUUCUGAACCUCCGGCCGGCAAAGGACACCACGAACACUUUCCUGUGCCCAGAGAUUGUCGACACAAUCCGGGCGGAACUUGGCAACUAUCAGAGACUGAGGGACGCUCUUGGAUAUCAGCAGGAAACGAGGCAAGUGAACAGUACACAAAGACAAAGGCGGAGAUUUGAUGUUUCCAGCAGUUUCCUUUUUAUAGUCUGUAAUAUAUGGCAAAAAUAGCUGAAAACUUAUCAGUAAGGUUUCGGUCGCUUGAGAAUUCUGGAGACGAUCCUGGAUGUUCGAGUGUCCGGUGUAAAGCACCUGGCGCUUUGUGGACUGUUCAUCGGUGUAGCGAACAUGUGUUAUUCUAAUAUUAUAGGAGGUUUUGGGGAUUCCGAUAAUGACGUCACGUGUGCGCAUGCUCAAAUUUUGGCCGUCAAAACUGCGGCCAUUCUGCUAUUGUUUGCAUUGAUGAAGCGCAUCGUGAUAAGGUUACAGACAUAUUCGCGACCCUUAUGAAGAACAAAAAAUACUCAGAAAUUGAAAUUCUUUCAGAUUAAAUUGAAUCCAAUGAACGAACACAAAAAGGACGAAAACAAACAACAAAUUGAUUGAUUUUAUGUAAUCAACAUAUAGAAACUGAUUUGAACCUAUUUGUCUGCAAAAACUUACCUUGUUACAGAUUAACUAAAUCCUCUUGAUAAAUGUUAAUCUUUUUUAUUUAAUUGUUCACAACAAUUUUGACACUCUUUGUUUCAGCAUUUUAACCC